CCAGCUGCUCAUCCUACUGCUGCUGCUGCUGCUGCUGCUGCCAGGCCUACUGCUCCUCCCCCUCCACCACCACCACCACCUCCUCCUCCUCCUUCUCCUUCUCCACCACCGGAGCCACUUCUUUCUCAUCACAUCCUGAGCGGUCGAGUCGGGGUUACGCUUCCUCCUUCUGGCAAGAGAGACCCAGGUUUUGUGAGGAGGUGGAGAUGCGACGUUGAAGGCCACCGCCGAGCAAGCGAGCAUUUUGGAGAUGUGAGGAACGGGAAGCCCCUUGGUGAUAUCGAGCAUUUUGACCUCAUCUUCAGUAUGAAUGGUGAUAUGCCUCAUGUUCCUAUCACAACUCUCGCUGGAAUCGCAAGCCUCACGGACCUGUUGAACCAACUUCCACUGCCCUCACCUCUCCCUGCCACCACCGCCAAGAGUCUGCUCUACAAUGGACGGAUCUCUGAAGAAGUCAGCAGCCUGUUGGUGUGUCGCGACGACAACCUGGUGACUCAGCUGGCGCAUGGCCUUAACCAGGUGUCCACAGAACACAUAGAGUUGAAGGACAACUUGGGGAACGAUGAGCCAGAGGGUGACAUGCCAGUGCUCCUGCAAGCUUUGCUGGCCAGAAAUCCCAAAAUCUUCCGGGACAAAAGUGUGAUCCAGCAACCAGCGGUACAACAGUAUAAGAUUUCUCCAAACCAAGUGCACAGGAGUCCAGCACCAAAUUAUCAGCAGUCCCCAGUCACUCAAAGGCCUUCUGGAUGCUUCAGCUCGCCACAGUCCAGGUCCGGAGCUCGGUUCAUAUCACAGCAGCAGCAUUCAAACAGCCCCAUCCCCAGUCCCUACACUCCUCAGAGUCCUGCUGAUUACAUGCAAUACAGUCCACCUAGCUACUCUCAACACCAGCAGACGCAGCAAGGUGGGUCGUAAGAAUAGACACUGUGUAUUGGUCAUUACACAUAACUCACUGGCAAUGCAAUUCACUUUCUGUUCCAGUCGGCUGGUAAUAUUAGGAAUCUCCACAACAAGGUGUCAGGACAGCUAUCGAGUAACGCAUCCAAUCAUCACGCCAAACCAGACUCGAAUGACGACUAUGUCAACAUCGCGCACAGACUUGGAAAUGAGGAAAAUGAGCACUCUAUGAUGGCUGCCUUGUUUCCAGUCAAGUCACCACAAUCUGUGUGUUCCCCGGCCGAGAGUGAAGAACCGUCUAAAUGGUCCAGACCUCUGCUCAUCAUGCAGUCGCCUCCUUCCGACGUUCCUCCUGGUGCAGCUCCCAACACGCUGCUCUCCUCCGCCGAGCGCAAAAAGAAGCAGAAGCAAAGGAGCAGGGCUGUCGGAGAGCACAUGGAGAAAAAUGCUUUGUACGACAUCGUGAGCUCCCCGAUGAAAGACUCUGCCAGGCUGACGUUAAAGCUGUCCAGAGUGAAGACAGAAAAAGAACAGUACAGAGAGCAUUCUCCCAGGACGGAUGCGGAGCAGCAAGCGCACCUCACGAACAGUAAAAACACCUUGCUGAAUGACGACCAGGUAUCGCCGUGUAAGUCUGUCGCAGAGGAACCGCCAAACUGUCAACAGGCGCCGUUCCAGUCAAAUGAGACCGCUGUCGUCUCCGCGGUGGUGCUGCUGGACGACGCCGAGGCCGACAUGGACUCUCUGGCGGAGAUCGAGAGGACCGAACGCGAGUCUGUCAGCGAGAGAGAGCGAUGGUCCAAGGAAGUACAGGAUAAAGACAAACCACUGAAAAAACGAAAGCAAGACUCAUACCCUCAGGAACCGGGAGUCGACACGAGCGACGGUUUCGCCCUGCAAAGCGGCAACGCCGGCAACCAGAUGACACCCAAGAAGAUAAAUGCAGCAAGUAACGGUUCUGGUCGUCCUGCUCUGAUGGUCAGCAUCGAUCUGCAGCAGGCUGGCCGAGGAUUACGGCAGCCCGUGGUGAUGCUGGAGGCCAAGCAGCUGUGCGACGAGCACAUCCUGCGCUUCAGUUCUGAGACAGAAGCAGAGAAAGACGAUGCCUGCCAACCAGCCAUUACCAAAGAUCAGGCCGAUGAGUUCAGUAUGUCCGGCUCGGAUAGCCACCCGAAGGAAAACAAGGAAAGUCAGCGGGACUCCAAACACAGAGCUGAGGGCGGUAAGUCAGACGGAAGGUGCGGAGACUCGCCGAGGCUGAAGCAGAACCGGGAUCCUGAGUCUCGGCACAGGGAUGAAAGGAAUGACAACGAUCACUGUCAACCGGAGGCCCUUAAAACCUCCAGCAAGGCAGAAUGGAACACCGGUUGUAAUAACGAAGACAAAGGCAGGGAGAAGAAGAGGACGAAAGAUCACGACAUCGAAAAAGAUAGGAAUAGGGACAAAGAUAGGGUCAAUGACCAAGAUGUGGAUAAGGAAAAAGAGAGAGACAAGACAAGGGAUAAGAUAAGAAAUAAAAACAAAAUUAGGCAAAAGGAUACGGACAGAAAUAGGGAUAAGGAUCGAGAUAGGGAGAAGGAGGUGGAUGGGGACAGAGUUAGAGAUAGGGAAAAGGACAAGGACAGAGAUAGGGAGAAGGAGAAAGAUGUGGACCGAGUUAGAGAUCGGGAGAAAGAUCAAGGCAGGAAUAAACAUCAAGGUAAAGAUCGAGUAAAAGAAAAGGACCGAGUUAGGGAGAAAGACAGGGAUAAAGAUCGAUCUAAGGAGAAAGAGCGGGAUAAGGAGCAAGAUAGGGAGAAAGAUCGAUUAAAGGAGAAAGAGCGCGAUAAGGGGCGAGAUAAGGAACACGAUAUGGAGAAAGCUCGAUUAAAGGAAAAGGAGCCUGAUAAAGAGAAAUAUAGAUUAAAGGAGAAAGAGCAAAAUAAGGAGCCUGACAGGGAGAAAGAUCGAUCCAAGGAGAAGGAGCCGAAUAAGGAGCCGGAUAAGGAGAAAGAUCGAUUCAAGGAGAAGGAGCGGGAUAAGGAGCAGGAUAAGGCGAAAGAUCGAUUCAAGGAGAAGGAGCGGGAUAAGGAGAAAGAUCGAUUCAAGGAGAAAGAGUGGGAUAAGGAAAAAGACAAAAUUAGGGAGAAAGAGCGCAAUAGGGAUAAAGGUCGGGAACGAGAGACGGAUGACGGCAAAGAAAGAGUCAGGGAAGACAAGGUCAGGAAACACAAAGCGUCGAGAGAUAACAUUAACAAACGUGACCAGUGUCCAGAUGGGACGCCUAAACAGGAUAUGGAUCACAAAAUCAGGCAAGAUGGCAGUAGACACUCCAGUGACCUCAGUGGUCUUGAAAGGUCAGACAAAUCCAUUUUUCCAACCUCACAAAAUAAAAAAGAUAGGAAAGGCGGGGAUGAAAGUAAACAACUUUCCCUCGAGAAAAAAAAGAGUGAGUUCCCCCCGUACUUGCUGGGGGGAAACUCGGGAAUGCUGAAGAACUUUGUGAUUCCCAAAGUGAAACGGGACGUGGUCGAUAAAGCUCCCCUGGUCUCAGGGGACUUGGUUGACGUCUGGAAAGAACCUCGUGUUCUGCUGGAGAGGAAGUCGCUGGUCCAAAACCUCAGCAGAGGCGCGAAACCCAUUGUGAUGCUGCGGCGACUGAACGUUGACAACAUACGAAGCAUCAAGAAGGAACUCAAGGAAACGUACAAGUCCCGGAAGUGGUCUUCUAGUCACAAAUCGAGAGAGAUGUCAUUUAGUGAGAAGGCUAACAAGCGGCAGCACAGUAUGAUCAGUAAAACUCCCAAGUAUACUGGCAACCCUGAUGAAGAGGAGGAAGCAUCUGAUGGUGACAACAAUGAGGUGUUGAGGAAAAGGCGGAGGAAAGAUCAGGACAAGACGUGGAAGCGGGAGUCAAAAAAAGGACGUCAACAGGGCUGGAGCUCGGAUGAAGGCGACGGUGAUCCACAGCCAAAUUUAAGCAAUGUGGCCAGAAAAUUGAAGAAAAAACACAAAGAGAGAAAGACGUAUGAAAAGAUGCGACCUGAGGAUUUGAUGGACUCGUCCACAUUCAAGAGAUUCGCUGCCAGUGUGGACAACAUCCUGGAGAGUCUGGAGGACGUGGACCUCACUGCUGCAGAUGACUACGGAGAUGAUGAAAUACCACAGGAGCUGUUGCUUGGAAAGCACCAGUUGAACGAGUUAGGCAGCAAUUCGGCAAAAAUUAAAGAUAUGGGUAUCUUUUAUAAGUUUUCAUCAGGGAAAUUGGUGAAAUUUAUGAACAUCCUGGAGAAGAACAUUCAGGACAGUGUGAAACUGUCCACAUUAAUGAACCAUGGUAACGACUCCAUGGAUGAGGAGCGGCUGUGGCGUGACCUCAUCUUGGAGCGGGUGACGAAGUCGGCCGACGCAUGUUUGACUGUGCUCAACAUCAUGACAUCGCCGCGUGUGCCCAAGGUGGUUUUCAUCGAAGACGUAAUCGAGCGGGUGUUGCAGUACACCAAGUUCCACAUGCAAAACUCCUUGUACCCCCAGUACGAUCCCACCUACAGGGUGGAUUCCCACGGAGGUGGUGGUCAUAAUUCCAAGGGCAAAAAAGCUAAAAGCUCGGGUCAUAAACAGAAGACGGUCCUCCUGCUCUACAGCAAAGUGUGUGACAUCAUCAGCAGCCUUUCGGAGCUGGUGGAGAUCCAGCUGCUCACUGACACCACCAUUCUUCAGGUGUCCACGCUCGGUAUCACGCCGUUCUUUGUGGAAAAUGUCAGUGAGCUGCAGUUGUGUGCCAUCGCAUUGGUGACCGCAGUGUUCUCCCGCUACAGGAAGCACAGGCAGCUCAUUCUCGAAGAGAUCUUCAACUCCAUGGCCAGGCUGCCGUCCAGUAAACGCAACCUGAGAAAUUUCAGAUUAAACAGCAGCAGUUCGGAUGGAGGUGGCAAGCACAUUCAGAUGGUCACUGCCUUGGUUCUUCAGCUCAUCCAGUGUGUCGUGCAGCUCCCCUCUGCCAAGGAUGGAGAAGAUGAACACAUCAGGAAGGUGGACAAAGACAUCCUCAUCACCAAUUCCUAUGAAACUGCCAUGAGGACGGCUCAGAACUUCCUGUCAGUGUUUCUCAAGAAAUGUGGCAGUAAGCAGGGAGAGGAUGACUACAGGCCUCUAUUUGAGAACUUUGUCCAUGAUCUCCUGUCCACUGUCAACAAACCCGAGUGGCCUGCCGCCGAACUGCUGCUCAGUUUACUGGGUCGCCUGUUGGUGCACCAGUUCAGUAACAAGCAGACAGAGAUGGCACUCCGGGUGGCAUCGCUGGACUACCUCGGCACCGUUGCUUCUCGCCUGCGCAAAGAUGCCGUCAAUAGCAAGAUGGACCGAAAUGCCAUCGACCGAAUCCUCAAAGAGUCUCCGGGUAAUGAUGAGACGCAGCAACUCCAGAGGGCCUUGCUGGGCUAUGUAGAGGAGAGCAGUGAAAUUGAGCCAUCUCUCGUGUUUGCCAGGGGUUUCUACAUUGCCCAGUGGUACAGGGACAUCACGAGCGAGGUAGACAAGGCAAUGAAGUUGCACAAUGAUGACGACGACGACCCAAAACCUUCAUAUGCCGCUAACGACGUCGACGCCACUGAGGAGAUUGUGCAGAGGGCCGAAUCGCGGAAAAAAUUCCUGCGCAAGGUCAUCAGGAACUCUCACACCAGGAUCAGCUCUGAAACAAUAGACUACAAGGACUCCUGUCUGAUUGUCCGAUACCUGGCCUCUAUGAGGCCGUUCUCACAGAGCUUUGACAUUUAUUUAUCACAGAUCCUGAGAGUGCUCGGUGAGAGCGCCAUCGCAGUCAGGACUAAAGCCAUGAAGUGUCUCUCAGAGGUUGUGGCAGUGGACCCAAGUAUUCUAGCAAGGUCCGACAUGCAGCGUGGCGUUCACGGCCGCCUCAUGGACAACUCCACCAGCGUGCGAGAGGCAGCUGUGGAGCUCGUAGGACGCUUUGUGCUCAGUCGACCCGAGCUCAUCGAGCAGUACUAUGACAUGCUCAUCGAGAGGAUAUUGGACACGGGUAUCAGCGUGAGGAAGAGAGUCAUCAAGAUCCUGAGAGAUAUUUGUCUGGAGUUGCCGGACUUCCACAAGAUCACCGAGAUGUGUGUCAAGAUGAUCCGAAGGGUCAACGACGAGGAGGGGAUUAAGAAACUGGUGAAUGAGACCUUCCAGAAAAUCUGGUUCACACCCACACCCAGUCAUGACAAAGAUGCCAUGAUCAGGAAAAUCUUGAACAUCACAGAUGUGGUGCUUGCAUGUAAAGAUUCCGGCUACGAUUGGUUUGAGCAACUCCUCCAAAACCUCCUUAAAUCAGAAGAAGCCGCUUCGUACAAACCUGCUAAGAAGGCCUGCAGUCAACUGGUGGACAAUCUGGUGGAGCACAUAGUGAAAUAUGAGGAGUCCAUUGCAGAGUGUGAGGACAAGGGCAUCCACUCAGGUCGCCUCGUGGCGUGCGUCACCACACUGUAUCUGUUCAGCAAAAUCCGACCACAGCUGAUGGUCAAACAUGCCAUGACUAUGCAGCCCCACUUGACUACCAAGUGCAACAAUCAGAAUGACUUAAUGGUGAUUUGCAACGUUGCAAAGAUCCUGGAGCUGGUCGUGCCCCUGAUGGACAAUGCCAGCGAGAAUUUCCUCACCACCAUGGAAGAAGACCUCAUGAAACUUAUCGUCAAAUAUGGAAUGAUGGUUGUGCAGCACUGCGUAAGCUGUCUCGGUGCUGUGGUAAACAAGGUCACACACAACUACAAGUUUGUUUGGGCUUGUUUCAAUCGUUUCUACGGUGCGCUGACCAAACUCAAGACCCAGCACCAGGAGGACCCAAACAGUCCCACCUUGGUGACGAACAAGCCCACGCUGCUUCGCUCACUGUUCACGGUCGGUGCUUUGUGUCGACACUUUGACUUUGACCAAGAGGAGUUCAAGGGUGCCAGCAAGCUCAUCAUUAAGGACAAGGUCUUGGAGCUUCUUCUGUACUUUACAACUCACAAAGAUGAGGAGGUCCAGGCCAAGGCCUUAAUUGGUUUAGGCUUCCAGUUCAUCAUGCAUCCGGAGCUGAUGUUCGUGGAGGACGUGAAGAUUCUCUACAACACCACCCUGUCGGACGAGCACAGUCUGGUCAGUCUAAAGAUCCAAGUGCUUAAAAACAUGCAGACAUAUCUACAGGAGGAGGACUCGCGAAUGCAAGAGGCUGACCGUGAAUGGAAGGAGAAGGCCAAACAGGAGGAUCUGAAGGAGAUGGGUGACAUCUCAUCAGGCAUGAGCAGCUCUAUCAUUCAGAUCUACCUGAAGCAGGUGCUGGACUCCUUCCUGCACACGCAGUCCACGGUGCGACACUUUGCUCUGAGCGUGAUCACGCUGACGCUCAGCCAGGGCCUCAUCCACCCUGUGCAGUGCGUUCCCUACCUGAUUGCCAUGGGAACCGACCCUGAGCCAACCAUGAAGAACAAGGCUGAUCAACAACUGGUGGAGAUUGACAAGAAAUAUUCAGGCUUUAUCCAUAUGAAGGCCGUAGCAGGGCUGAAGUUGUCCUAUCAGAUCCAGCGGGCCAUCGCCAGAUCCGCAGACGCGAUCCUCCGAGGCUUCCGACACCACGACACCGACGCGGCCCUCUGCUCUCAUCUGUACACUUUGGUUCGGGGGAACCGCCAACAUCGGCGAGCCUUCCUCAUUUCUCUGCUCAACAUGUUUGACGACAGCUCCAGAACUGAGGUGAACUUGCUGUUAUUCGUGGCGGACAACUUGGCCUGCUUCCCGUACCAGACGCAGGAAGAGCCUCUUUUCAUCAUGCACCACGUGGACAUCACUCUGUCUGUCUCUGGGAGCAACUUGCUGCAGUCUUUUAAAGAGUCGUUAAGAAAAGGGCCAGUACCACGGCCGAAGAAGAUAAAGAAAAAGAAGAAAAAGAAAAAGAAGACAAAGCCUCGGAAGAUGCGAGACAGCUCUGACGACAGCGAGGAGAGCAGCAGCCGAUCCAGUAGCAGCAGCAGCAGCAGCAGCAGCAGUAGCAGCAGCAGCAGCGAUGAGGAGGAGGAGGUGGAACAUGUCCACAAGCAUUCUGACUCUGACAUGGAUGAUGAGGAUGUGGUGAUGGCCCGCCUCCCCGAGGACCCGAAGCCUCUGCUGGACUUUUCAGUGGCUUCGCAGGGAAUCUUAUUGCUGCUCAUGCUCAAACAACAUUUGAAGAAUCUAUUUGGCUUCUCAGACAGCAAAAUCCAGAAGUAUUCGCCAACGGAAUCGGCCAAGGUGUACGACAAGACUGUGAACAGGAAAUCCAAGGUGCACUUCAACCCUCGCCAGACUCUGGACUUCCUGAAAGUCGGCCUGUCCAGCACAGACAUCAGCUACGAGACCAAAAAGGAUAUCGUCAAACAGUAUUUACACUUCAAAGUGCUGAUGGAGCACCUGGACCGUGAGGAAGAGGAAGAGGAGGGCGAAGCCAGUGCCAACGCCAGAAACAAAGCAAUUACCUUGCUGCUCCAGGGCCCCAAACCCCGAAACCACAACCACAACAAUCACGCGGCGCCGCUUGAGUCUGAGGAUGAGGAGAGCGAGGAUGAAGACCCCCCGGCGCAGAAGUCACGGCGAGGCGACGACUCGGCGGAGGAUUCCGGCCACAUCAACGAGAGCGUGGAUGUGACGGACGUGGUGGCCAUCCGCUGUCCCAGAUACAAAGACAGGCCGCAGAUCGCCAGGGUGGUACAGAAGACCAAAAGCGGCUACAGCGUACACUGGAUGUCCGGUUCCUACUCCGGGCCCUGGGCUGUGGCCAAGAAACGGGACGGUCGCAAAAAGGUGCCUUGGUUGGACAACAUCAAGGAGUCGGACAUUAUUUAUAAGAAAAUCUCCUUAACGAGCGGACACAAGCUGACAAACAAAGUGGCACAGACGUUACGGGCGCUAUACGCCGCCAAGGACGGGACUAAGCAUUAGUUGCCACUCUGACAUGACAGCCCAUGUGGAUCCGGUAUGUUACAGAGAGACAUUCAAAGCUCUUUCUAUUUAAGGACCUAAUAGACCAAGUUGAAGUUAACACACCAGAAGGAAAUGUUUGGGAAAACAUUGGGUGGGAGCUCCUUCGCUGUUGUGCAGCAACCCGGUUCAUUUUUACUCCCACUGACUGUAUUAUAGUUGAACUAAAAAAAAUAUGUUUAUAUCUGAAAAUAAUUCUGUAAAAAAAAAAAAAAAACAAGAAAAAAGAAAGUGAAUGUUGGAAAUUAGUGUAUUGACGUUCUUAAUAAAGUGUUUUUGGACUUUAAAAAAAAGCAUCUGAGU